AUGGAGGAAGCAUCAAGGAGAAGUGCUUUGGCAAUCUUGGAUCCUAAGGAAACUGCUAACGCAGAAUCCUAUGAGGGACCCAUCAGGGUCGCUUUGGAGGAAGCGGCGACAGAGAAGCAGUUUGAAGGGGCUAAAGAGAAGAAGAAGAAGAAGAAGAAGAAGAAAAUCAAAGAGAAGAGGGCUGAAGGAGAUGGCGAAGCCCAUCCAAUCAAGAAGAAGGAAAGGAGGACGAAUGAAAAGAAGGAACGCAGGUGGGAGGAGAGGUGCCUGAAGAAGGAGGAAGAGAGGAGAAAGAGGGCUGAGAGCCGAGAACUGGAUGGAGAAUCCACCUCCGUGAGGGAGGACAAGGGGGAAUUAGUGCAACUAAGAGAAUCAGGGCAACCUGCAAAACCACAAACGGUUGCGACUGACGAAGGAAAAGAUGUAGAAAUCACCCCUUGA